UCAAAAAAAGAAAAAAACCUAAUCCUUUUGCUUUCUCGAAUUCCGAUUCUUUUUCCGUAUCUGAGGAGAAAUAUAAUACAGAGCGGCAUUGGAGAGAGCAAUUGAUCUAGCUUUUUCAGCCGGUAGCCAUGGCGGCGAUGAAGAAGCUACUCGCGGUUUUGACGGCGGCGUUUUUUGUGAACUCGGCGACGCCGCCGGGUGCCGGAGCGGAGACGCACCAUGUCGUCGGCGGCGACCGCGGCUGGGACGUCGAUUCGGACAUCAGUUCUUGGUCCGCCGGGAGAUCCUUCCGAGUCGGAGACAAAAUCUGGUUCGCAUACUCCGCGGCACACGGCAAUGUGGUGGAGCUGAGAAGCCAAGAGGAAUACGAAGCGUGCGAUGUUAGUAAUUUCACAAGGAUGUACACGGACGGCAUAGAUAUCGUGGCGUUAAACGGAGAAGGGAUCCGCUACUUCGCGAGUAGCGAACAAGAGAGCUGCAAAAAGGGCCUGAAACUGCACGUGCAAGUGCAAGCCCAAGCCCAACAGAAUUCCGAAACGACAGAAGAUGAAAGAACGAACGACGUGUCGGUGGCGGAUUCAGCCGCAGCUCCGUCAACCCCUUCCACCUCUUCUCCUCCCCACACUCCCAUUUCUUAUAUAACUCUCACCCUUUUUCUCUUUAUGCUUGGGCUUACUUAUUGGAUCAGCUGAGUUUUUUUUUUUUUAAUCCAAAUAUAGUGUUGUAGGUUAUUGCUUCAUGUUGAAUUUGGUUUUUUUAAUCAUGUAACAACCUUAAUUAGAUUAGUAAUCAUAGGGUGAUAUACUUUACUAGAGUAAGAUAGAACAUGUAUAAUUACUAUAUUGAGCUAGGUAAGAUGUAGAAUUCGUUCUGGUUACGACCUAUGAAAUCCAUUUUCUUUA